CCUAGGGGAACCAAAUACCAUAUCCAUCAUCAGAGCCCACAAACAUCAACUUAACCGUAAUCGAAGGACAACAAAUUAUGACAUCUAUCAAAACACCAAAGCUGUCUAAGCCUAGAAUGGACCCAAAAGAUUAUACAAUUCGCGUAGCCAAUGAUGACCAAGCUAUAAAGCACGCCGAGGCAUGCUAUGAAGUCGUUUCUUGGAGACAAGGAAUGACUUUUGAGGAAUUCUGCCACAUUGGGGAGAGAGAGAAAGCUGAAGCCGGAUGGGCCCAGAAUUAUGGAGACAUAUGCUGGGUGAUCGUUCGACGAGACGACUAUGAUGGGGAAAUCUAUUCUUCUUUAGAGACUCACCGAUCCAAAUGCUUUGUCAAGGGCAAAGGUCAGGAAGAUGUGAAAGCUGGUUGGUAUUAUGAUAUCACUGCGGUGGUAACGCCCAUGAAAUACCGAGGUCAAGGAUACGCAACCCACCUUCUUCGUCUUCUACAUUACAUUCUCACUUCACCCGUUUUCCCCUCCUCAUCCUCCGAUGUCCUCCCUCUAUUUCCUUGUGCGGCAUGGGGUGACCCGCCCCCAGCCAUUCCUUCCGAACUGAUUCCUUAUAUCCCUCGAGCCAAUGGCGCCAUACUCUGGUCAGACGUACCGGUAGAAUUCUACGGUCACUGUACGAUGGGCCUCGAUGGGAAAGGAUUUCAAUCGAAAAAGGAAUGGAAUAAUCGACUGGUGUGGAAGUUGCUACCAGUGGCUGAGACAAGCCUCGGAAAGUUGGAGAAGGAAUGGGAGCCAAUCUGGCAAGAAGAUCUCGAGUCUUCAGUCUACGACAUACUUUCCGCAUCACAUCGUCAGAAGCUUGAGAACACUGAUACGAGCAAUCACGCUGCGUUCAUCCAGGAUCCUGCUUCUCCAGGGACGCUUACCAUGGUCCCUGUUUGGGGUUCAUUCAGCCGUCAGCCAGCGUGGCGUACGAAACCAAUCCCCUUUGGGUUCAGGCUCAGGCAGAAAAAAGGCAAAAAGCGUGAAGAAGUCAUCGUUAUGAUCUCCUUGUUUAAUCCUUGGGUAACCAACAAGCUUGCCAUCACCUUUGUGCACAAUGUGACACCAGUUCUUCUAUCUACUAUGUUAAGAAUGCUGGAUAAAGCUGUCAAAGAUGCCGGUGCCCCAUGGACAGAAGGAGAAAUAUGGGGGUUAGAUCCGCAGAGUGACCUUGUGAAGGCUUGGGUUGCAGAGGAAGGUAGGGAGGCGAAAGUCGAUAUUAGACAGGGGCUGAAGAACCAUGUGUUGGGGGUUCGAUGGUAUGACGACGAAGAGGUCCAAAUUGGAGAUACGCAGAUGUGGUCAUGGGUGUAAUUUAUCGUAUCUUUCAUUAUAAUUAGCCCCAUCAUGACACUACUCUGAA